AUGGCACAUCAGUUAAGUCCAGAAAAAUGGGCGGAAGUUGAAGUGAUCUAUAUUGAUAUUGGUGAUAUUUCUCCAUCAGAUAAAGAUUACAAUCCAACUGAAGAUCCGACAACAUUUCAAUCUGAAAAGACUGGUCGUGGUCCUUUAAAACCAAAAUGGUGGGAGAAUGAUUAUAAAGGACCAAUUAUGUGUGCAUACAAACUUGUUUCUUGUGAAUUCAAAAUGUGGGGAAUGCAAGGACGUAUAGAGAAGAUGAUUCAACGAUUCAAAAGUCAAUCUCUUGUAAUUAUAUUACGGAAUGCUGUGAAAUAA